AUGCAUAGCUCGCUACCGUCAUACCGUAUUAUCACAUCUCGCGCACACACUCCAAAUAUGGAAUUGAGGAAGUACGGUAAACCGCUUGUUGACGCCGAGUAUAGGAGGAUUAGAGAUUUAUGGAUUAUCACUGUUAGUGCUAAGUACGGAAAGGAGGAACUUUCCAAAUAUAUGAUAGAAUUGUAUAAGUAUGAAGCUGAAGAGCUUCCUGGUUGUGUAUGA